AUGCCGCCCUCUGCUGCCUCGUCCAAGAAGCAGAAGCAGGCGCUCACCUUGGCCCAGCUCGCCUCGUACGACGACUUCCUGACAGACGCCUUGAUUGACCAUGCAUUCUACUGGACCACGAUUCCCAAGAACCGGAAUUCGUACCAUCCCUCCCGAGGACUGCGAGAAGAGGAGAUUGCGCAGAUCAUCCAAUCCGAGAUCGUUGUCAACAAAGACCUUGAGGCUGCCGAGCGCAAACUACUAGCCACCGAUGGCUUCCGCAAGUUCUUCACCGCACUCAAGACGGACAAGGCCAAAGAUGACUUCAAGCGACACAUGCGCCGCUAUACCCAAGUCUACCUCCCUGACUGCCCGUUCGAAGUCAACUCGACCAAUCGCUACACAAUUGUAUCCCACGAGGCUGCCGUCACCGCCCGACGCUUUAUCCGGAGGAACGAGAACAUCAAGUACCUCGCCGGGACCCAGGUCAACAUUUCCCCCGAGGAGGAGCGGGAGAUGACGGCUCGUAAGAAAGACUUCAGCAUCAUCAUCUCCUCGAGGAACAAAUGCGCCAGCUUGUUCAUGGGGCCUGCCCGAUUUGCGAACCAUGAUUGCGGGGCCAAUGCGAAGCUGAUGACUACUGGUACGGCUGGCAUUGAGAUCAUUGCGACGAGGAACAUUGACGCCGGGGAGGAGAUCACAGUGACCUACGCCGAGAACUACUUUGGAGAGGACAAUUGCGAAUGCCUCUGCACGACAUGUGAAAACAAAUGCGUCAAUGGCUGGGCCCUGGGCGAGGGCCAGGUGGUGGUCAAGAAGAGUAUCGAAGAGACGCUGAUGGACGGUUAUUCUUUGCGUCGGCGGAGGCGAGACGACAGCACCGGUCCCUCAUCUCGGACGCCAUCCGUUACACCAGACAUUCGACCUCGAGUCUCCAAAUCUCGGCUCAGGAGCGGGAAGCCUGGCCGGGAUUCUUUGGCCGUCGAUUCGCCCAUGUUUGAUGCGUUGUCGCCAGAUAAGAAACGGUCAUUCGACUCACUCGUCACACCACCCAUCACCCCGUCCAAGAGAUGCAAGGCCUUGGCGACCCAACCUGUGCCAGUCUCCGCAGGACCCGUCAGCUCGAGAGACAGUUCGACGUCUGAGUCUGUGCGAAGCAUGUCUUUGACGAGCAGCUCCAACGAAGAUGGCUCGGUCACGGACAUUACUGAGCCGGAGAAGGAUACGCCGGAGCCGAGCAAAGCGCAGAGAAAGACGGAGCUGGUCAAGGAGGAGGAUUGUGAAGAAUCGACGGAGCAAAUCCUAGCCAGCGCCGCGCCGUACUCGUCGCAAAGAAUGACGAAGACGGCAUCUGCGGCAUCUAUCGAGACAUCCGCAUCGCUCCGAGAGGCGUCUGUCGCUACUAGCACGUCGAUACCCAUAUCGUCUCUGUGCGAUCCUCCACCGCCGCCUUCCGCGCCUUCUGGGAGAGAUACGUCAGUUGGUAGAGGCAUGGCAUUCUCGACAGGCGAUACAGUCUCUUGCACAAGGCCCGUUAUGAGCAUUGCGGCAGCCAUCUGUGACAAUGUCAGUCCAAGGCGAGUGGCAAUGUUGGACGCUGGUGCGCCAGCCAUCUCUGGCAUGAACAGUUUGAAGGUGAUGCAGGUGGACAGAAUCGUCUCAACAGAACAGCCGCUCGCGAGCCCCCGCCAUGUCGCGCAGCAAGUACCAGCUGUCGGGGAUUUGACGUCAGUUGAACAGGACGCUCUGAGCAUUCGCAGCUCCGAGACGGCGCAGAGCUUGAAGGUCGAGGCGUUCGCGUCGACAGAGAAUCCUGCGCCGAUCAUGGACAAUACCAAAGUCUGUGCGGUAGUUGAUGAGACGAUGGAGGCUGCUGACCAACCGCCCCUGAAGAAGCGCAAGUACCAACGUCGCACUUUUAUCAAAGAGACCACACCACCCGCAAAGACCCGAACGCCCGGCGAUUACACUCUAACGCCGCUGUUGCUCUCUGAGCCGCAGACGGCUUGGGUUCGCUGCAUGAACUGCGAGACGGCAUUCGUGCAGCAGAACGCAUACUACACCAAGAGUUCGUGUCCCCGAUGCGAGAGACACUCGAAGCUGUACGGCUACCUCUGGCCCAAGACGGAGAAGGCCGGACCCCGCGAUAAGGAGGAGCGCAUCCUGGACCACCGCACCAUUCACCGGUUUUUGGGACGAGACGACGAGGCGCGCAUUCGCGGUCGAAAGCGACCUACCACAGAAGCUGGCGAAGAUGAUGUGGGGUCAGAAAGCGGUGGCAAGGCAACGCCCAAGUACAGAAUUGGAAACAAGCGCCAGAGAGCCGCAGAAGAAGAUUCCGGGGAAGCUGAAGACACAACCGGGUUGAGACGGAGCGGUCGGAUGCGAAAGGCUAGCAUCAAACUGGCAUGCCAGUGA